AUUUAUAGCAUUCUCUUUAUAUAUAUAUAACACAGACAUUGAGGAGAAAAAAGAGAAGUAAGCAUGACCGGAUCGGAAUUGAGUGGCAGAGGGAGGGAUCAAAGAUGGUCUCUCAAGGGGAUGACCGCACUCGUCACCGGUGGAACCCGAGGCAUUGGAUAUGCCAUAGUAGAAGAACUAGCAGGAUUUGGGGCAAGAGUGCAUACAUGUUCCCGCAGUGAGGAAGAGCUAAACGAGAGGGUCAAAGAAUGGAAGAGCAAGGGAUUUGAAGUAAGUGGCUCAAUUUGCGAUCUCACUUGUAAAGACCAGAGAGAGAAGCUGAUUGAUAUUGUAUCCUCUGUUUUUGAAGGGAAGCUGCAUAUCCUUGUGAACAAUGCUGCAACAGUUAGACACAGAGACUGUGUAGAUAAUACUGAGGAAGACUACUCAAGCAUAAUGAGUACAAAUCUGGAGUCUCCAUACCAUGUUUGUCAACUUGCAUAUCCACUCUUGAAAGAAUCAAGAAAUGGAAGCAUUGUAUUUCUAUCCUCUGUUGCUGGUUCUGUAGCUUUACCAAUGUUAUCUAUAUAUGCAGCGACCAAAGCGGCAAUCAACCAAUUAACAAGAAAUUUGGCCUGUGAAUGGGCUAAGGACAACAUUCGCACAAAUGCUGUUGCCCCUUCUGCUACUAGAACCACGAUUUUAACAGAACCUGAUCCUGCUAUUCUCAAGGCUUAUGCUGGACUAAUGCCUCAAACUCCAAUUGGCCGCAUUGCAGAGCCCUCUGAGGUCUCAUCACUGGUAGCUUUCCUCUGCCUUCCUGCUGCUUCAUAUAUCAAUGGCCAGGUAAUUUGUGUAGAUGGAGGAUUUACAGUCAAGGGUUGUUAACUGAAGCAUGAUUGUCUUUAAGCCACUGCUUCAGUUAGUUUCUAUGUGGACUAGUUCGAAAAUAUUCUGUUUAAUCUGGUAUUCAUAUGCUUGUAGGAUGUAAUAUAUCUUCUAUGCCAUUUUCUGUUAGUUA